AUGAUAGGAAGUGCUUGUAUUCACAAGCAACCUAUCCAAAAUCGGCGAACCAACGGCAGCCAAAUGGCUGUCCACGGCAGGAAAACAGCAGAUUUCUGCUGUAAUAAUUCCGACAGCAUUCAGCAUCUCCUUCGUGCGCUACACACUGAGUUCGCGUUAAAGCAGUUGGGAACCAUCUCCUUAUUUCUUGGCAUCAAGGUUCUUCAUACACAGAAUGGAUAUUUCUUGACACAGGAACAUUAUGCCAAUAAACUCAUCCAUGACGCUGGAUUUGAUCAGUGCAAGAACGCUCAGACACCGAUUGCUACUGCGACAUCCAAACAUCAGUCCGACUCACCUCCGUUUCACGAUCCUUCUCUCUACCGCCGCCUUGCCGGGUCGCUUCAGUACUUAACUAUCACUAGACCGGAUAUCGCAUUUGCCACCAAUCAAGCUUGCCAGCAAAUGCACCAACCAACAGAACAAGACUUUAAGAAUCUCAAGCGGAUCCUUCGGUAUAUCAAAGGAACUGCACAACUCAGUCUUCCCAUCCAACCCGGCGACCAUCAACUUCAAACGUAUACCGAUGCGGACUGGGCAUCAGAUACAACUGAUCGGAAAUCUGUCACUGGUCAUUGUUCCUUUAUUGGACCCAAUUUAAUUUCUUGGUCCGUUAAAAAGCAAAUAACGGCCGCAAAAUCCUCAACAGAGGCUGAAUAUCGCGCUUUGUCAGCCGCUACUUCUGAAGCGAUUUGGCUUCGGAGACUCGCCGACGAACUGCAGCUAUCUCAAGCAGCUCCGACGACUAUCCAUUGCGACAACAUCUCCGCAAUUGCCAUCGCCAAGAAUUCUGUUUUCCAUGCCAGAACAAAACACAUCGAAAUUGACUACCAGUUCAUUCGUCAGCAUAUUCACGAUGGCAACAUUCAUAUUCAGCAUAUUCCCUCUCAACAGCAAAUAGCAGACGUCUUCACAAAAUCAUUUUCUACUCCUCGUUUCAACUAUCUUCGUUCCAAACUAACCAUCCGCGAACCGGAUGCUCAGUUUGAGGGAGGAUGUGAGACGAACACGUCUGUAUAG